AAAAGCCACCAACCCAAGAGCAUUGUUCUAAGUCUUCCACAAUGCUUCUUCUCAUCCUUUCUUCUCUCCUCUUCCUCUUCUUCCUCAUCAAGUUUUCCAAGAGAAGUUCAAAGCUGAAGCAUCUCCCACCAGGGCCCAAAAAAUUGCCGCUCAUAGGGAAUUUGCACCAUAUGAUCGGUGCACUACCUCACCAUCGCCUGAGAGACCUUGCCCAGACAUAUGGACCCAUUUUCCAUCUUCAACUGGGUCAGAUCUCGCUGGUGGCUAUAUCUAGUCCCGACUUAGCCAAAGAAGUUUUCAAGACCCAGGAGCUCGCGUUCGCACAACGACCAUCUUUCUCGUAUACAGAGAUGAGCAUUUUCCCAAGUCCAAUCUUUUAUCCAUUUGGAGAAGAGUGGAGACAAUUGCGUAAGAUUUACGUUACGGAAUUCCUCGGCAGUCAGCGUGUUCGAUCUUUUAAAUCAAUUAGAGAAGAGGAAACGAGCAAUCUCAUCAACUACAUCCGCUCCUUGUCCAGUUCGCCUUUAAAUCUCAGCAAGAAAAUCCAUGCCUUCACAAAUAGCAUAGUCUCCAAGGCAGCCAUCGGCCAAAACUGCAAACAACAAGAGGAAUUCAUUUCAGCGGUCGAAGAGGCGAUAUCUUUUACCGGGGGCUUUAGCGUGUCAGACAUUUUCCCUUCUCUCAAAUUUCUUCCCGACAUGACGGGAAUGAAUUCCAAGUUCAGGAUGUUGCAAAGAAAGAUCGAUAGCAUUCUUGAUAGCAUCCUCGAUGAUCGUGAGAUCAUGAGAAGAGAACAAUCCUUGAGAAGCAAGGAUGAUACAUGCGGAAGAGAAGAUAUACUUGACGUGCUCUUAAGACUCCGGGAGACCAAUGAGCUUGGCUUGAAUCUGACAACCAGGAAGAUUAAAGGCAUCAUUAUGGACUUAUUUGUUGCCGGGAGCAUCACCACGUCGACACUUAUUGAAUGGGCAAUGUCAGAAUUAAUCCGAAAUCCGAAAGUGAUGGCCAAGGCCCAAGCCGAGGUGAGAGCAGUCCUAAAAGAAAAGGGUUGCUUAGAAGAAUCAGAACUCAAUAAACUCAAGUAUUUGCUUUCAAUAAUUAAAGAAUCUUUUAGGCUCCACCCUCCUGUUCCUUUGAUCCCCAGAGAAGCAACUGAAGAACGUGAAAUCAACGGAUACAAAGUUCCGGCGAGCUCAAGAAUCCUUACUAAUGUAAUGGCGAUAGGAAGAGAUCCGCAUCAUUGGACAGAUCCUGAGAAGUUUAAACCAGAGGUUUCUCGAAUCUACAAUGGAUUUUAUAGGGACAAACUUUGA